UAACACCAGUAACGCGCGAGACGUGACUGACAGCAAAGCCACGAGCGCACCAGUGCCACCAGUAACAGACACCAGUGACACCAGUGACACCAGUGACACCAGUGACACCAGUGACAGCGGCGGCACCGCGGCACCAGUAACACCAGUAACGACAGAUGCCCCCGUCGAGGCUCGCCGUGGGGCGCGGGGGGGUCCCCCGACUGCUGCUGCUGUUGGUUUUGGGGUGCGCGGGGGGCGCCUAUCGCCCCGUCGUCAUCAUCCACGGCCUCUUCGACAGCCCCAGCGACUUCCGGCACCUCAGAGCCUUCAUCAAUGAGAGCCACCCCGGGACGGAGGUGACGGUUCUGGACCUCUUCGACCGGGGGGCGUCGCUGCGGCCGCUGUGGCUCCAGGUCGAGGGGUUCCGCCGCGCGCUCGCCCCCAUCAUGGCCAACGCCGCCGACGGCGUCCACCUCCUGGGGUACAGCCAGGGAGGGCUGAUCUCCCGCGCGCUCCUCGCCACAACCCCCGACCACAACGUGCGCAGCUUCAUCUCCCUGGCGGCGCCGCAGAUGGGGCAGUACGGGGACACGGCGUAUCUGCAGUGGCUCUUCCCGCGACACAUGAAAUCCAAUCUGUACCGCCUGUGCUACACUCCCCUCGGCCAGGGGGUGUCCAUCUGCAACUACUGGAACGACCCCCAUCACCGCGAUCUGUACCUGAACAGCAGCGAUUUCCUCGCACCCCUCAACGAUGAACGGAUGCACCCCAACGCCUCCGAGUGGAAGCGGAACCUCCUGCGCAUUCAGAACCUCGUCCUGAUCGGAGGCCCCGACGACGGCGUCAUCACACCCUGGCAGUCCAGCCUUUUUGGUUUCUAUGACGCCAACGAGACGGUGCGAGACAUGGAGGAGCAGGAGGUGUUCGUGCGGGAUACGUUCGGGCUGCGGACGCUGCUGCUCCGCGGGGCGCUCGGGGGCUGCGCGGUGCCGGGGGUGGCGCACACGGCCUGGCACUCCCUGCGCCCCAUCUUCGAGCGCUGCAUCCGCCCAUGGCUCACCUGAGCCCGCCGAUAGGGGGCGCUAUGGGGCGCUAUGGGGCGCUAUGG